CGGUGUCGGCAUCUAGCGGAACGAGGUAGAAGCACCAAAGAAGCUUCGAGAUCGGAAGUUCUAGAGACUAUUAAAAGCUUUGUUCUUCUUGCUCCGCACCUCACCGCACUUCUCUUCCAUCAUUUCCUCGUUACGGACUACAUGUACGUUCUUGUGCUUCCCGUUGGACGUGGUGUGGACUCUACGACGACUAUUAACCACGUAUAUUUGCAACCGCUGCACCUUCUUACACUUUCUGCAGCCGAAAUAUCAGAGCAUAGCAGAGGUGCAAAAGGUGUAACGGAAUAAAGCGCGAAAAUAAGAUACUGCAUCACGCGACGAAGAAGGGCUUUUACCGAUUUGGUUGGGAUUGAUGUGAAGAAAAGCGUGCGACUGCCGAUCGCGGUGGACCGGACGAGUCUUAGGAUUAUACAGUCAGCAACUUCAAAGCGUCAUCCUGGCGGCGAAGAUGCAAGGCUGGUUUAAUCGCGACGAGGAUGGCAAGGUGAUCAUAGACAGCAAUGGGUUUGUUACGAUCACCUGCGAAGGUAAUGAGGAAAAUGUAGUUUUUCAACUGCAUAUAUCAGAGAUUGAUGAAAAAGCCGAACAGAUGUGCUUCAAUGUCAAUGGCAAAGACAUAUAUAUCGAUGUUGUUCCAUUUGAAACAAAUGAAAAUGAUUCCGAGGGUGAUAAGAUCAUGAUUGAAUCAGAGAGCAAGGAGUCCAAGGAGGAAAAGUUUAAUAGUACUCCAACAACAAGUAAAAAUGGAAACGCAAUUUUCCCGUGGUGCGACGCUUCGACGAAGAUCUUCUUGAGGGAGUACAAAUUGAAAAAGGAAUUAGUAAAGCAUCGAAAGUUAAAAAAUAUGAAGAGGGCAUAUCAGGAAAUAGCCUAUAAUUUGGCAGAGAAUGGCUUCAGUGUAUCGCCCUUGCAAGUAGAAAAUAGAUACAAAACACUUAAACGUGCUUAUAAGAAUAUGAUAACGCACAAUAGGAGGAGUGGGAGAGGAAAAUAUAUCUGCAGUUACGAAGAUGAUCUGGUUGAGAUCUUUUCCAAUGAUAUAUAUGACACAAAAAUGAAUGAUGAAGAUGAUGCAAAGGAUCCAAAGGAAACACUUUCACCUAUUACUCAAAAAAAUAAUUCGUCUAGUGAGACGUUUCGUUUGAAGACUCUUCAGCAUAAUGCCAGAUUGGAGGCUCAGAACGUGAAGAUAAUUGAGAAUCUACAGAGCUGUCAGCGUUUAUUGAAGAAUUUAAUUACUUCUUUGGACAGUAAAAAUAAAAAUUCCAAUUACGUGCCAAGUGGUGUCUUGCAGAUAUGUAUGGAGAUGCGGGAUAUACAGAAAGAGGCAAAUGCACGUACAGAAGAACAAAGGGAGAAGGCUAAGGAGCAGAGAGAGAAGAGGAAUAACUUAUUGGAAGAAAUUGUAACGAUUCUUAAGUCUAGAAAGGACACGUAAUACAAUCAAUAUCAGACAAGUGUUGGACUCAUCCUCAAUAGUUACAGAUUGAUAGAAUUUAUUUAUUCUUUUAAAAGUAAAGAGAUAACUUUCUUGUUGUGUAUUUUUAUAAUUUCAUCACACGAUUAAUACACAUUGCCUUCCUAGUAAAGUUUGUUCUGUGUACGUCAAUAGAUUUCAUUAUGAUAGAAUUUUUAAGCACAAUGAUUAUUGUAUAUUCAAUGAUAACAUGAUAUCGUAUAUGAAGUUGUGUUAUGGAGCUAGUGUGAAUAUUUUUAUUAUAGUCAAGCUACAUAAAUUUUAUAUGAGAUGGCUUUUAUUUUUUACAAAAGUUUUUAAAUUCUGCCGUGACUAUUGUGGCAAAAUUUUAAAACACCACUGAAAAAUCAAACAUCACAGAGGACAAAUUAUUACUACGACGGCAGUCAAAGUAUUAACUUGUCUAGCGAGAUGAUUAUAAAAAAUAGAUAAAAAUAAUUGUAUACUUACUGAUACAAAAAGUAUCAAGUAAGAUUCAUCUGUAAAGUUAUACAUGAGGGUCGAGAUUUAGAGGCUUAUUCUGUAAUUCUUAACGACUAUAAAAACGACUGUGAUCAGACUAAAGAUUAAGAUUGAGAUUGAAAUGAAAUUUAACCAAAGCAAAGUUCAUUAAACUUGAGAUUGAUUUUCUUCUGAUUGGUUAAAUUCCAAUGCAAUCUCUAGUCCGAUUACACUUUUUACAGUCGUUAAGAAUUAUUAGACUCCUAAAAUUCUGCUCACUACAAAUCAAUCACUUUUUUGUCUGUCACCGCUAAUUUAAGUUACUUUACUGUAAAAAUAAAAUUAGAUUAAUAUAAUACAAGUU